UGAGCAGCACGCAAUGAUUCGUUGAGGUCGUCAGACUUAAUCUCUAAUUAGUUCUCUCCAGAUUUGCACGAUUUCCAUCAGUGGUAUCAGAGCCACGGUUAGAGGACGUUCUUUCCUCCAUUGGAAGAGAUCUAGAGAGGCUUGAAGUGCUCCAGAUCUAGGGUUUGACAUGGCCCAAAAGUUGGAUGGCCCUCCUAGGUUUACCGGCUCGGACUUUUCGCUAUGGAGGUUCCAGUUCACACUAUGGCUAGGUAUUAAGGACCUAGAAAGUGUGUUGGAUGGAUCGGAGAAGCGACCACGAGCUGACUCUGGGGAGGCGUCUACUGGAGCAACCAGCCAAGUGGGAUCCGGGGCUGGGGGAGCAUCGUUGAGUGGGGGGAAUGAAGGAGGAACCGCUGCAACUCGAACCGGAAGGUCGCAACCAAGUCGCGAGGAGUUGCUCAAAGCUCAAGAAGCAUGGGAUCGGAAGGAUCGCCAGGCAUUUCAGUACCUGUGUUGGGCUUUGGAGGGGCAACUUGAGCUUCUUAAGAUGCUGAUUGACCUGAAGGGGAAGGAAGGUGCAGCAGCUGCAGCUUGGAAAAGAGUGCAAGAUAGGCACUUGCAGAAAGGGCUUCUAAGCGUGCUUACUUGGCGGAAGCGGUUUUACACCAUGGAGCGGAACUAUGGGGAGGGGGAGACCAUGGUUCAGUAUCUCCAGAGGGUGGAUGAGAAUGUGAGGGCUUUGGAGGAGCUGGAUUACACGGUAGAUGAGAAGGAGAUCAUCUAUACUGCACUCCAAGGGUUGGAUCAAGCGGCUAAUGAGGCAUUACUACAUCGACUUAGCUGGGUCACCUUGGUGAAGACCAAGGAUGAGGUGGCAAAGGUGUUUAAGCGGUGGAUACGCUAUGUGGAGAGGGAAUCAGGGGCCAAGGUAAAGGUGUUAAGGUCAGAUCGGGGUGGAGAGUACCUUGGGAAAGAACUUCAAACCUUCUUGGAAGAAAAGGGUAUUUCCCACCAGCUCUCUGUACCUUACACGUCGCAGCAAAAUGGGGCAGCGGAGCGGCUUAACAGGACCUUGACCGAUUUGGCUCGGGCCAUCCUUUCCCAUGCCGAGCUUGAUAACACUUGGUGGGGGGCAGCAGUGCAGUAUGCCAACUGGGGGGCAUGGGAGGACCCUGGAGAUGAAGGGGAGGAGCAGCAGGAGGAGCCAGAACCAGCUGAUCCUAACCAUGAGGAGUCCCGAGAGACAGAUUCUACCCCUCAGCCAGCCACGCAGGCCGAUGCGCGUGAUGAUCAGCCGGAGCAGCAUGUGCCUUCAACUCCAUCGAGAAGCAGUUGGCAGCAGUUGUUGGACCAGCAGCUGUCCAAGACUCCGAGGACUCCAAUGAAGAGGAGGUUUACCCCGGGGCACAUUGCACGCAUGCAUGAUCAUCUUGUGUCUGAUUUGGAUGAUUGCAUGCUUGUGGACAUGCAUGGGCAUGAGUAUGCUCUUGAUGUGUGUCUCAUGGGUCAGGUGCAUGAGCCUAGGUCAGUCCACGAGGCGCUGAACCGUCCAGAAUGGGUUGAGUCCAUGCAUGAGGAGCUUGAGUCUCACAAGGUAAAUGGAUCAUUUGAGCUGGUUGAUCCAGCAGUGGUACCACCUGGUUUGGAGGUCCUCAGGUGUCAAUGGGUUUGGAAAUACAAGCAUAACCCUGAUGGUACUGUUGAGAGGCCUAAGUCCAGAUUGGUGGUGAUGGGAAACACGCAGAAAUUGGGAGUACACUAUGAAGAAGUGUACUCUCCAGCCGCUAAGAGAGUGCUGAGGUACCUGAAAGGUGGUGUCAAGUCAGGUAUCUUCUUCCAAACACAGCCCCAGUCUCAGGUCCAGCUAGUUGGCUUCAGUGAUGCUGACUAUGCUGGAGAUUCCGCAAGUCGCAGGAGCCACAGUGGGUAUGUGUUCUGUCUGAAUGGGGCAGCUAUCUCUUGGCAGAGCAAGAGGCAGCCCGUGGUAGCACUCUCUACCACUGAGAGUGAGUAUAUAAGUCUGUGUCAGUGCAUUCAGGAGGGUGUCUGGCUGAGGCGUUUGUUUGGGGAGUUUGGUCAUGAUCAUGCUGGUGGUGUGCCUGUGUUUGUGGAUAAUCAGUCUGCCAUUGCCCUUGCACAGAAUGCAUGCUUGCAUGGCCGCACCAAACACAUGCAGGUCCGGUGGCAUUUCAUUCGGGAGAUGGUAGCUGCGGGUGAGGUGAUUUUGCAGUGGUGCCCUACCAACCGUCAGGCUGCUGAUAUUCUUACCAAGUCUCUUCCAUUUGAGCGCCAUGGUGUGUGCAUGACCUUGCUCGGGAUGCAGCCCCAUGAUGACAGGGUUCCCGCAGCAGAUGCCGGCGUCUUGGUGCUCCUCUCCUUGGCGGACUCCAUGCUCUGGGUGGCCCCAACCCAUGAGCAAGGGGGAGUGGUGUGAAGUCUUUUGCCCUAUGGUGUUGAGCCACACCCAGCACGAGCAAGGGGGAGUGAUAAAUGUGUAGUAUUCUGUGGUGUAGUUUGCUCUAGCUGGUUGUGGGCUAUUGGGUUUUGGGCAAAAGGACUUGGGUUGGUUUGCAAGGUUUGAACUCGUUACCUUUCCAACCCAUACAACCUCAAAUCCACU